AUGGGAAAAGAGAAGAUUCACAUUAACCUGGUUAUCAUUGGUCAUGUUGACAGUGGAAAAUCCACGACCACCGGUCACCUAGUAUAUAAAUGCGGCGGGGUCGAUCCAAGAACGCUCGAGAAAUAUGAGAAGGCUGCAACCCAGAUUGGCAAGGGCUCCUUCAAAUACGCGUGGGUUUUGGAUAAACUAAAAGCAGAGAGGGAACGUGGCAUCACAAUUGACAUCUCUCUGCUGAAAUUCACUACUCAGAAGUAUUCAAUCACAAUUAUUGAUGCACCUGGUCACCGUGAUUUCAUUAAGAAUAUGAUCACUGGGACGUCACAGGCUGAUGUCGCUCUCCUGGUGGUCUCCGCAGCAAAGGGAGAGUUUGAAGCUGGCAUUUCUCGGAAUGGUCAGACCAGAGAACAUGCGCUUUUGGCCUACACGCUCGGGGUAAAACAGCUCAUUGUUUGCAUUAACAAAAUGGAUCUGACGGAGCCACCUUUCAGCCAGAGGCGUUACGAUGAGGUGGCGAAGAAUGUGACCGUGUUCAUUAAAAAGAUCGGUUAUGAUCCCGCAGCGGUUCCAUUCGUGCCUGUAUCUGGCUGGACUGGAGAGAACAUGCUCGCGCCAUCACAGAAGAUGUCUUGGUUCAAAGGAUGGAAAAUCAAGAGAAAGGAGGGCAAUGCCAGUGGAAGAACUCUCCUGGAGGUGCUGGAUUCCAUACACCCCCCUGUGCGCAACACUAGCAAGCCCUUACGCUUGCCUCUGCAGGAUGUCUACAAGAUUGGGGGUGUUGGCACCGUGCCUGUGGGUAAAAUUGAGACAGGUGUGCUGAAACCUGGGAUGAUGUUGACCUUCUCGCCUGCUAAGCUGACUGCAGAGGUAAAGUCCAUUGAGAUGCAUCACCAGGGACUGCAGACGGCCCUGCCCGGGCACAACGUGGGCUUCAACAUCAAGAAUGUGGCCGUUAAGAACCUGCGGCGAGGAGACGUGGCCGGUAAUGCCCAGCAAGACCCACCAUCAGACGUCAACAGCUUCGUUGCUCAGGUAAUCAUUCUGAACCAUCCAGGUAGAAUCAAGACUGGUUAUUCUCCAGUGCUGGACUGUCACACGACGCACGUGACCUGCCGCUUCUCCGAGCUACGAGAGAAGAUUGACAGACGCACGGGGAAGAAGCUGGAAGACUGGCCUCAGGUCCUGAUGUCUGGAGAUGCUGCGACAGUCAAACUGGUCCCAAAUAAGCCUUUGUGUGUGGAGAGCUUCUUCAACUAUCCUGCUUUAGGUCGCUUUGCAGCAAGGGACUUGAAACAGACUGUUGCUGUUGGUGUCAUUAAAUCUGUGGAGAAGGCUGACCAAACAAAAAAAACUGUACAAAAAACCCAGAUCUCAAAAUGA